GACAGAGGCUGUGGUUACAAGUGGAAAAUGUCGCUGGGCACUUUAAAGAAGAGACAGGGGCGAGAAUGAGGAGACAGAGGGAUGAGCGACAGAAAGAGAGAGAGAGAGAGAGAGAGAGAGAGAGAGAGAGAGAAAAUGAGAGAGGGAGAGUGCACAAGAGAGUGAGAUAGUGAUGUGUGUGAAGAGUAAAGAGGGAUAUAAAAAGACAGAAGAAAAGGAAAUCAUCUAAAUUCGUGAGUCCGGCAGAGGAGAUGACGAUGUGUUUCCUCUCAGGGAAACCUGCUACCUUUACUGACCAAAACUGAUGAGUCAUAUCGUGGUCAUGGCCAUGAAGAUACUGUGGUCUUUGUAUGUCCCGGUGGUUCUGUUUUCACUACAUGCAGCCCACUCUCACAAAGACUCACAAGGACUCUCCUGUGUAAAUGACUUUGUCAACAAUGUCAGCUGCACAUGGAACGGCUCUCUGACGGGUCCUGGUGUGAACUGUUGGAUCUCUGGCUGGCGGAAAACAUGGAUCUUUGUGGAAGAUGAGACACAAACCACUGCAAUAAUGCAAAACUGCAAGCUGAAACAAUACAAAGACUCUCUUCCAGGCUGCAGUUUUGUCUUUGAAAAGAAAUUCAGCUGUGCUGAUGUCUUGCCCAACAUCACCAUGAAGUGUAAUGGCACGUUGGUGGGGAAGCUCACAAAUUAUGAGCCGUGCUAUCACAUUAAAAUACACCCUCCAAGCGCUCCUAAUAUCAGCAGCACUGAUGAUGAGAUCUUGAUAUCAUGGAGUCAAGGCAGCCCUCUCUCCGACUUCUUAAAAACCUUUGACUUCGAAGUACAGAUCAAACAGAAUCACCAGACAUGGCAGGAGGCCAGGAUUUUUCCCACAGAAGAGCAAAAGCGUAGAAUACCUGCUUCGCAGCUGAAAGAGAUCUUCCCUUUGUGGGAGACCCUCCAGAUCAGGGUUAGAGUCAAGCCCACUGACAGGCCAAAUAGCCACUGGAGCAACUGGAGUCCAACAACAGAAUGUCAGGAUCAAGUUUCAGAGUCGUGGUUAAUGCAGUUUGUGAUGGUCAGCUUGGCUCUUGUCAUCGUGGUAAUGGUGCUGCUUUACUGGAGAUGCGUGAGCAGGGGGCUCCUUGCAAGCAAGCCAGUACCAAACCCUUCAAAAUACUUCCACACUCUCCACUCUGUCCACGGAGGAAAUCUAAAGAAAUGGCUGAAUCCUCUGUCGGUUUCUGAAUCAUUCUUCACUGCCCAGCCAUGCGACCAUAUCUCCCCGGUGGAGGUGUGUGAAAGCUGGGAUGUGGUCCGCUCCACCUCUCCCUCCUCCAGCUCCACUACUGCCCUUCUUUACUUCAGGAGCUACCCCUCAGCUGGCUCUGACACAAGCGGGGUUGUUGACAAUUCCUCUUCCUCCAUUUCAUCCGGUUUUUCCAACAUGGGCUAUUUCAUGUCCAGCUCCUCCAGCAGCUCAGCUAGAACUCACCCCAGUCCUGCCUACUUCACCUAUAAGGAGGAUUUCUGCAAUUUGCAAAACAGCCACAACCUUCACCUCUCCCUCUGCCCUUCCCUCACCACCUGUGAGAGCUUGAAAAUGGAGCCACAGAGCCCAGACUCUGGCUUUGGCAUCGGAGAGGAAGAUGAGGAGGACAAGGAAGAUAAAAGGGAUGUAGUAGGGGAGGAGGUUUCAGAUGAUCACCAGAGCACUCCUCUUCUCAUUCUACCUCUCCAUCUUCCUUCCCGGAUGUGUCCCUCCUCCAUUCCUCCACCACCUCUUCAUCCUCCCAGUCUAACUCAGAUAUCCUCUGAUAGCCAACAGGUGGAUGCAACUGUGGCAGAUGCUAGUGGAAGCUAUGCGGCUUGGCCUGUUGCUGGUUCCAUGUACAGGUCUUCUUCCAUGCCCGUGGAGCCCUGUAAAACAGGUUAUCUCACCCUCAAAGAGCUACAGACAACGUUUAGCAAUAAAUCUAUCUAAGAAAGUGUAGUGUAUCUGGAUGAAUCCCUAUGCAACCAUUUUAAAUUUAAUUUCUGACUGAUUGACCUGACUGAUUAUUUGUUCAGUCUAAUUGUGGAUGCAAGAGUGCCCGACACCAUACAUGGAGUGCUCUUGUGUGGUUUUAACUAAGAAAAAUAACUAUAUAAAAAAAUAACUGUUUUUCUGCUUUAAACCUGCAUUGAUUAUUUUUUUGGCUACUUGGGGGAAGCAGGACAAGAUGGAAACACAAAACUGACAAAUUAUCACUUUAUAAAGUUAGCAGAUUUGUUAAAAUUGUAAUUACACAUCCAGCAGACAUGGAGCAAAAUUAGCAUUCAUUUGAAGCCAUGUUUCUGGCCACCUGACAAAUGCAAGUCCAGUGUUCACUCUCCUUUCAGCCCUGUUGCUUCUCUCAACCUACUCCUAAGAAAUAAAAUAUCAGGCUCUUUAGCUGCUAAAUGCUCCAUUAUGUUCACCAGCUAGCUGUUAACUGUAACCGGUCACAAGAUUGUAGUCAACCAUUGUAAUCAACGUAGAUUUUGCAUUGUUUGUAAAUUCUUGUUGACUCAAUAAUAAAAUGCCA